AUGGUUCGGAAAGCGAGUACCAGUCUGACGACGAACAUCGUCUGCUCCAACAUGCACCACCUGGGCACUCCUGACUACGUGAAUCACAAGGUCUUAGGCGAUUACAUCCAAGACGUUGCCAGACAAAACGAAGUCGAAAGUCUCAUCAAAUUCAACACGGAAGUCCGAAAUAUUAAAGAAAGCAAUGGGAAGUGGCUGGUUGAAAUAAGCACACUGCAGAAAGCUCAAGCAGGGACGGGCAUUGCGUUAGAAAAAACGGUCACGGAAUUUGACAGCGUCGUGGUUGCAUCUGGCCAUUAUCAUACUCCUCGGGUGCCUGAUACUCCGGGUCUUGCUGAGUGGAAACGUCGCUGGCCAGAUCGCAUCGAGCAUUCGAAAAGAUAUCGAAAACCAGAAGACUUCAAAGAUAAGAACGUCCUUCUGGUAGGCGCAGGGGUCUCUUCCACGGAUAUCGCCCGAGAGAUAGGGCCCAUUGCGAAAUCGAUUUACCAGGUUCAUCGAAACGGAAAGUUUGACCUUCCAGGAAGCAUGCUCCCUGAGAAUGGCGUCCGUGUCAGCGAGAUAGAGUCUUUCACCCUUCCGGAGGGCGAUUCGUCGAUUAGCCUUGCGCCACAUGAACCCAUUCCAGGGACCGUUACGCUCAAAGACGGCACCAAGCUUUCCGAUAUCCACAGGGUCAUUUUAUGUACUGGGUACCAUGUCGCCUUACCUUUCCUCGCCCACCUGCAUGCAAACAUCGACCCUGAACGCGCAAACGAUCACACGCUGGUAACUGACGGAACGCAAUACCACAAUCUUCACAAAGACAUCUUCUACAUCCCUCGGCCAACUCUAGCUUUCAUCGGGGUGCCUUACUUCACAGCUACCUUCACGCUCUUCGAAUUCCAGGCCAUGGUUCUUGCGCAGGUUCUGAGCGGAAAAGCAUCCCUUCCCACCGAGAGCGAGAUGAAAGAGGAGUAUAGGAAACGUGUGGAAGAGAAGGGGUACGGGAAGCCGUUCCACAGUUUGAAAGACCAUGAGGUGGAUUAUGUGGAUGAGUUGCUGGCUUGGGUCAAUCCACAGCUGGAGAAAAAAGGGUUAAAGCCUUUGGUAGGACAUUCAGAAACUUGGAAGGCUGCGAGGAAAGAGCUGGUGUUGAGAAUGCAGAAGCUCUUUAGUGGAGGUCCGGGGAAAACAGAUGCGCCUGGAAACCUUGUUUCUACGCGUCAAUAGCGAGACCACCAGAAUCCUACGGCCUGGUCCAAUCAAACAAUAAUACUGCU